UCAUUAAGCAAUCAAAAAUGUUUGAAGAAAUUUUGCUUCAAUUUGGUAGCUGUAUCAAAAGUUUAUAUGCGUAGGAUGUCACAGCUAUCAUCGCAAAACUUGGUCUGGAUGGACUUGGAAAUGACGGGCUUGGAAGUGGAUAAGGAUCGUAUUUUGGAGAUCGCAUGCAUUGUAACCGACAGCAAGCUGAACAUUAUAGCCAAAGGGCCAAAUAUAAUCAUAAAUGAGCCUGACUCCGUUUUGGAUACAAUGAACAGUUGGUGCAAGGAGCAUCACGCAAAGUCUGGAUUGAUAGAAGCUGUGAAAAAAUCGACCUGCACGCUAGAGCAAGCGGAACAACAAGUUCUGGAUUUCGUUAAGCAGUACUGUCCGGAGCGAAGCUGCCCGAUGGCCGGAAACAGCAUUUACAUGGAUCGGUUAUUCAUAAGAAAACAUAUGUCAACGUUAAAUGAAUACCUUCAUUAUCGUGUGAUCGAUGUGAGCACGGUGAAGGAACUGAGCAAACGAUGGAAUGGUGAAGUCUAUAAGUCAACUCCACCGAAAAUUUUAGCUCACCGAGCCUUGGAUGAUAUCGAAGAGAGCAUUAAAGAAAUGAAAUAUUAUAAGGAUACUUUUUUUAAAACGGAUGAUGAACCCAAUCCAUAG